AUGGGUGGUCAACUCUCCAAGAUGAUGGGCAAGAUCUUCGGAUCAAAGGAGAUGCGCCUGCUAAUGCUGGGUCUUGACGCCGCCGGCAAGACCACUAUCCUCUACAAGCUCAAGCUCGGCCAGGACGUCACCACCAUUCCCACCGUCGGCUUCAACGUCGAGACCGUCACCUACAAGAACGUCAAGUUCAACGUCUGGGAUGUUGGUGGCCAGGACAAGAUUCGUCCCCUCUGGAGACAUUACUUUAGCGGAACCCAGGGUCUCAUCUUCGUAAUUGACUCGUCGGACCGCGCAAGAAUUGAGGAGGCCAAGUCGGAGCUGCACAGAAUCAUCAACGACCGCGAGAUGAAGGACAGCUUGCUGCUGGUGUUUGCCAACAAGCAGGACGUCAACGGCGCCAUGAAGCCACAAGAAGUCACCGAGGCCCUGAACCUUUCAAAGUUAAAAGAUAAGGUCUGGUACGUUGUGCCCAGUUGCGCGACGACGGGCGAGGGCCUGCUUGAGGGCCUGGCCUGGCUGUCCAACAAUGUCAAGGCACCGCCUGCCCCGGCCAAGAAGUAG